AUGGUCCCGUGGAACCAGAUAUUUGCACAAGCUAUUGGAUAUCGCAUGAAUUGGGACGACCCACCCGACUCGUUCCAUCCUUAUCAUCAUCUCAACAGGAGAGAUGUGUACCACAAUUUAGAAAUCUUAUUAGACAGAAAUGGUUUAAACGGUUUUCACUGUGUACGACGGGCGAUUUGUGAAGUUAAUUCUGUAACUGACGCGAGGGGCAUAUAUUUGAAAAUUCUUAAAAUGAUUUUCAGGAAAUCACGAACUUCGAAAACGAACAAAUGGCACAAUUAUACCGACGAGGAUUGUCAACUUUCUAUCAACUCGUGUCCAUUCUCAGUCAUGGAAAUAUCGACUUAUACUGAUAUCUAA